GUUCACUGCCGGUUUUGGUACCGUACCAUCCAGCACGAUGGCGGCAAACACACGGUUCUGCCGUGGAGUCAGUUGUUGUUUGACUUCUGUUGUGGCCUCAUGCAGCGCUAUAAACGGACGGCUGUUAACCGUUUUGCUAUCGGUAGUGAACAGAGUUAUCGUACCUGUGAAGCGACCCCGUGCUGGGUAGAUCUCGCGUACUGUGUGGAGAGCGUGUGAUCACGAUCGCGAGCGCGAUUGGUUGUCAUUAAAUCGCGCGCCAAUCGCGAAGAACUCGAUCAACACUGAUCUUGACAAUGGACGCUACACUGUUUUGUUGUUGAUCGUGACUCAUCACACUCGACUGGGGACAGAAAAGAUGGAUGCUUCUGUAAUCCGUCGUGUGUACAAGCUACUCCUGUCACAAUCCUUGAAGAUAAUAGCGUGAUCUUUGUAUCUCAAAGGCCAUUACUAAUUAUUAUGGCUUCCUAAAGUUCAGAUAAUCCGUUUCUCAUUGAAAAAAAAAUUCAACUAGCUUACCAUGUGUCGUUGUGAAUACUCUCCAGUGCACUUAUGAAACUAUCUCGCAUCUAGACAUAUCCGAAAGCAGUACGUCUACAUCAAUCAAACGGUCUAGUUGCAGUUGAAUGCAGAGACGAUCUUUUGCAAAAGCAAAAUGCAUUCGCGUCGAAGAAGCACUCGCUUCGUAAGCACCAGGAACGGGGAAGUGUGAGGUGUGCAGGGUGCACACCAAGCAGCGUAGGUGCGGUCCGCCGAUCAAUCAAACGUAAGCACAACGAUCAACACACCAUAGGCGUUAGCGGCGCAACACGAUCGAGCUGCCGGUACCGGUACUAGCAGCAUCUGAACACGCUACUCACGCAUGUGCCUGACGGAAGGGUUUGGUGCAGUUGCAUGUACGCGUAUGCCACUCGGACGCACGGUGUGUGCCAGUGUGUUGUGUGUUUUUGUUACCGUGUACGGUUCACGCGAACAUUCGGACGUUGUAGCUCGUUUCGCAUUCGCUCAUCCACUAGAAGCCGGAAGAUAAAGCGCAGCGUACGCUGCGUACGCGUCUGCAAAACACCCGAAACACCUGCAGCAUCAGUGUGUUAAAGCCAGAAAUUAUGGGACUGCUGAUUAACGUGAAAGCGCUCACCUUGCUGCUGCUGCUCCAGAUACCCGCAAUAUCUGCGGUCAGUUGGGAGGAAUGGUGGACGUACGAUGGCAUUUCGGGUCCAGCCUUCUGGGGCUUAAUCAACCCGGAGUGGUCCCUGUGCAACAAGGGACGUCGACAGUCACCGGUCAACUUGGAACCUCAGCGAUUACUGUUCGAUCCAAAUCUUCGCAUCUUGCACAUAGACAAACACCGGAUCAGCGGCACGAUCACCAACACAGGACACAGCGUGAUCUUCACCGCAGACAACGAAACGUCAUCGGCGUACGGUACGCCACAAAUACCGGUGAAUCUUACCGGUGGUCCACUCUCGUAUCGUUAUCGAUUUCACGAGAUACACGUACACUACGGACUGCACGAUCAGUUCGGUUCGGAGCACAGCGUUGAAGGCUACACGUUCCCGGCGGAGAUCCAAAUCUUCGGCUACAACUCUCAGCUGUACGCAAACUUCAGUGACGCGCUGUACCGUGCGCAAGGGAUCGUGGGUGUCGCCAUACUACUGCAGCUUGGGGAUCUCUCCAAUCCUGAGCUGCGCAUGCUGACUGACCAGCUGGAAAGGAUCCGGUACGGUGGUGAUGAGGCGCCGGUACGUAGAAUAUCCGUGCGCGAUCUACUACCCGACACGGAACACUACAUGACGUACGAAGGUUCGACGACGGCACCGGCAUGCUAUGAAACCGUCACCUGGAUCGUCAUGAACAAACCCAUCUACAUCACUAAACAACAGCUGCACGCAUUGCGAAGGCUAAUGCAGGGUGGUCCAGAUCAUCCCAAGGCACCAUUAGGUAAUAACUUCCGACCACCGCAACCACUACUUCAUCGUCCGGUACGGACGAACAUUGACUUUCGAAACAAACAGGAAAAGGGGGGAAAAAUAUGUGCAACUAUGUACAAGGACGUUCACUAUAAAGCUAAUAGCUGGAAACACAACUGAACGGAGGAAACGCAACCGGGAGCAAUCGGAACACGAGUCGGACGAGCACGAUGAUAAUAGCUUGAUCGUGUUUGAACCGUAAAAACUGAUGCGGGGAGGUUCCGUUUCCAGGUGCUGUGAUUGAUUUCCAUGUCCGCCGCUGUACCGGGCACCAUGGGCACGGGUGUCCCGCAUGAAUGUGUGUUUGUUUAUAUAUGUGGAUGUGUAUACGGAUCGGUUCGCAUAACCCACAAGUGAGCCUAGCAUGUGAGAAGCAAAAAACAAAAUAUCAUUAGAUAUCACUAAUUAAGAGGUUAAAGCUUAUAGGGCCGAUUGUAUUCGGGUUGGGGACAGAGGAAGGAGGCAGUGGUACUGAAAUCGUAAGUACACACCGUAACCAUAUCUAGCAUUUGUUUCGUUUUGGUCGAAUCGUUUCUCGACUAUGAGUAGGUCGGCGCUUACGAUAGACUCACUGUGUCGCUCUAUGUGGCGUUACCCUCUCAAUAUGACAUUGGCAGGCAAAAUAAGAGUUCGCAAGGAUAGCUAAAAAUAUUGCGCGCUUGUUGGCAAUCACAACAGGAAGUCCACAAAAACACAAAACCCGACAGUAAUAACAAGACGAAAUACCCAUUCCACACACCUGAACACAAUCAGUAACGUUUCGUUUGCUCUAUCGGUUGGAAGGCAUCAAAGUUUUACCAGAAACUCAGAAUUCCAGCAUUCCUGCUUCAAUUUGGCUAGCUCACCUUCUGCUGUGGAUGUAAGGGAUGAUUCAACGAUUACGUAACGCGUAAACUGUGAAUUCUCCUUCCCUCUCCGCCCUUCUCCAUCACCCCUCUACCCCUCCCCUUCCAUGGCAAUAAUUAUUUUCUCGGAUGUUCUUCUGAGGCUGAUAACUUGAAUUCUGUUAUCUCAUCCUCUUCAACCCUUACUAAUCCGCGGUUGUUACUUGCACCUAUCCUCUCUGAGUCAAUUGUGAUCUUUGUGUCCUGACCUGGUAAAGAAUUCUUGAGUAGGAGUGCGAUGUCCGACAAAAGGUGAAACUAAAACCAGCACAUCUCUUCUACAUUCCUCAAUAAAAUCGAAGAAUUGGAGCCGGAUCUGCCUAAAAUCGCUUAUCUGCGA